UUUUCAGAUAAGACAAAAUGACAGAUUCCCCUUCACCAAUUGAUUCAUCAUUUGACGCAUCAGAUGUUGCCACGCCUUGCACAGUUAUUGCCGCAAAAAUUUCUCUGAGAAAUCGAAAUGGUCUUGAGGAAGAUCAAGAAAAUCUGGACAGCUUUGAUGCUUUUACAGAAACACAUGAAACACAGGAAUCGAAAAAUAUCGCACAUGGAGAGCAUGAAGAAGAUGUUUCUAACAUUUAUGUGGAUGAUUUUUCCAAAGAGUUUGGUGAUACUGUUUCGUCAGUUAUGGAGCCACUUCCUAAACCUCUUACAUUUGCCAGGACCAUUACAAAGGUUUACUGUCACUUGGACGAUCAAGAACAUCCUUACAUGGUGGAAGUGCACGUACCACCUGAUUGCAUAACUUUGCGAGAUGUCAAACGGAAGCUGAUGAGAACAAAUUUCAAGUAUUAUUGCAUCGCGCUGGAUCCUGAUACUGGAUUGGAAGUGAAAGCUGAAGUUCGUGACGAUUCUCGACGGCUAUAUCCUUUGAAAAAUGGACGAUUCGAGUUGUAUUUGCUUACCGUCGAGGGAUCUGUGCACUCUGACACCAGCUCAGGAAGACAUAGAAGGAAGCAAGACGGAUCCUCGAAGGGAAGCAGUGGAUCGAGAGAAUAUCUCAGAGCUGCCCAUCAUUACGAUAAUCCAACUCCAUUUUCUGAUGACGAAUCUCAAGCAUCAUCUCUUCCGACUUAUGUUAAAAAGGCGCAUGCUUACAAUAGAAAACAUGCACCGCAAGCUUAUGAACGUCACCUGCCCCACAUGAAGCACAACAACCGCCACAAUCACCAUCGUCAAAAUCAUUAUGAAGAAUCCACAUUCGAUGUAACAACAGAGUCGGAUGAUCAUUACCGAGACGGUGUCACAUAUUAUGAUGAAGAUGAAGACGACAGCAGAUCCAUCAAUACUGAUUUAACGUCGGUUUCGCAAGUUCAUUUGAAGCAAAAAUGGCGUCAACAGCAAAAGGAAAUGAGGAACAAGUGGAAACGAAUGCCAUCAAUCUCGACGGCUUCAUCUUCAUUUUCAAGCAUCACCGAAUCGUCAAUGGGUCUAGAAGUAAUCACUGUUCGUUUGAACCUUGAAACAAUACCACUUGGAAUGACGCCUUCAGGACAUACCAACGCUCGAGGAGAUGCUGGUCUUUACGUUGGAGAUAUUCAGGAUCGUGGAGCUGUUGCACUGGAUGGUAGAAUUGAUAUUGGAGAUAUGAUCGUUGGAAUCAAUGAAAUUAGUUUGGGAAAUUACUCGAACAAGGAAGCAGUACAACUGUUACGAGAGGCAGUUCAGCGUCAAUACUUGACAUUGACGAUUGCAAAAACUGGAGAUCCAAAGCAAAAUGCUUUUCCGAGAAAUCCACGUGCAGAGCCAAUUCGGCCAAUUGAUCCAAACGAAUGGGUGAAGCAUGCCACGAAUGCUAUGAAGGCAAUGCCAAGUAUAUCUGAAGAAAGCUCGUCAACGCCCAUUCCAGAUGAUUGGCCAACGAACAGUUCUGCGAGUGGAACUCCGUUUGGCGGGCCUCCGCCAGCUAACUGUUUGAACGUGAUGACGGAUAAGAAAUAUGUAGUAGAAGUAAUGGCAGCUCCAGGAUCAGGUCUUGACAUCAAGGAUCGUUACUGGUUUAAGAUCCCAAUCCCCAUGUCUUUCUUGGGAACUGAUCUAGUCGAGUGGCUUGUCAAGCAUGUUCAAGGGCUUGAGACGAAGAAGAAAGCUCGUGAGUUUGCUGAGGAAAUGUUGAAGCUUGGAUACAUCAGACCUGGAGUUGGAAAGCAGAGUUUUACGAAAGAAUGCUACUACGUCAUGGGAGAUGAGUGUGCAGACUACACCCAACUGCGAGGACCUGACGGAGGAUACAAGUAUCCACAAAGUCACGCAUCAUCUGCGUCUGGUCAUAGCAGCAACAAUCUGAUCUUCCCUCCAUCAAUGUACCCACCACAACCGCCAACAGCUGGCGCAGUGCAUCAUCGAAAUUCGGUCAUUCUACCUUCUUCAAUGACUGGCGGAUACGCAUCACUACCGGCGUCUCCAUUUCCUCACGGAAAGGCAUCUGUCAAUGAUUGCAGAAGGACGCGAGAUGAUCAGAGAAGUCAAGCGAGUGGGAGUAGUAGAGGAAGCUCGAGAAGGUACGUCGAACUACCACGGAAGCCUGCAUCACUCAGCAGUGGGUCUGGUUUAGCUGUUGAUCUGGACCGCGUCGCUUCGAGAAGCUCGUUUCGAGCUGCAAUGAACGGAAGUCAUCCACAGUUUAACAUUGAUAAUUGAUUAGUAGAUGUUCUUGUUUCUCUGUAUUUUUUGAUAUGUUUUAAUUUGUGUUAACUGUGUAUUCCUCCCAACGGGAUAUUUGUCAUUUUUAAUCUCUCGACAUCCACUGCCUUUUUCAUGUUCUCAUCUAAAUAGCGACUUUUAAUUUGAUAUCAGCACUUUUCAUGUUCAAUAAUAAACGUUUUCAAAGUUUUAA